AGCCAUGUAAGGGAGAGGUGCUGCGGGUGCAGAACAAGCACUUCCACCUAAAGUGCUUCACCUGUAAAGUGUGUGGCUGUGACCUCGCCCAGGGUGGCUUCUUUAUGAAGAAUGGAGAGUAUCUGUGCACGCUGGACUACCAAUGCAUGCACGGCACCCGCUGCAAUGGCUGUGGGGACUUUGUGGAGGGGGAAGUGGUCACCGCACUGGGCAAGACCUACCACCCUGCCUGCUUCGUCUGCACCAUCUGCAAGCGACCGUUCCCUGCCGGGGACAGAGUGACCUUCAACGGGAAGGACUGCCUGUGUCAGUACUGUGCGGAGCCCAUGUCACCAGGACCAAAGGAUAUCCCGGGCUCAAGCAAUUGUGCAGGAUGUGGUCGAGACAUUAAGAAUGGACAGGCUCUUCUAGCAUUGGACAAACAGUGGCAUCUGGGCUGCUUUAAGUGUAAGGCCUGCAGCAAAGUACUGACUGGAGAGUACAUCAGCAAGGACGGCGCCCCCUACUGUGAAAAGGACUACCAGAUCCAUUUUGGAGUUCAGUGUGAGGCGUGUCAUCAGUUCAUCACAGGGAAGGUCCUUGAGGCAGGAGACAAGCACUACCACCCAAGCUGUGCGAGAUGCAGCAGGUGCAAUCAGAUGUUCACAGAAGGAGAAGAGAUGUAUCUGCAAGGGUCAACAGUGUGGCAUCCCGGCUGCAAGAACACCACCAGAACAGAGGAGAGACACAGGGAAAGGCUAUUGCCUCCGUCCCUCUUAUUCCUCCAAAAAACAGAAAGGCAGUCUACGAGGUCGUCUUCCGAGAGUAUUUGUUCCAGACAUGGUUCAAGCAUACCUGGCUCACCGGGUCACACGAUCUAUGCAAAAGUAGACAAUGAGAUCCUUGAUUACCGAGACCUAGCUGCCAUUCCAAAAGUCAAAGCCAUUUAUGACAUUGAGCGUCCUGAUCUUAUUACCUAUGAACCUUUGUACACCACUUCCCUGGAUGAUAGAGAGGAGAGAGGAGAGAGUGUGGGCGAGCUCCACACUGCCAGGAGGGAGUGUUCCCCCUUGCCCGAUGACAAAUGCUCAAGAAACAUGUCGCCAACCCCAUCUUGUGAGGGCUCUUACGACAGGAGGGAACGCAUCCUCCAAAGGUCAACGAGUCAGGGCUCUCUCGGAUCACCAGUUUAUAAUCGCCACGGUUACACCCCCACCUUGUCAAGGUCACCACAGCAUUUUCACAGACCCGAGGCUCUGACAGGCAUGCAGAAGCUCUGCUCCUCCUUGUGCAGUAACAGUGUGGGCUCCAGAAAUAGCGACUCCCGCCCCACCUCCCCUUUCAGACACCACUUCCUCCCCCAUAGUCAAGGCACUGAUCUGCCAAGUGGCCGGAGCUCCCCCCUCCCGCUCAGGCCCGACAGCCGGCCGGUCACCCCGCCUCUAUCUCAGACCCCUAAACAUUUCCACCUCCCAGAUCAGGGGAGCAACAUCUACAGAAAACCGCCCAUCUACAAACAACACGAUACAGAUGCCGUAGCACGUCAAAGCAAGUCUGCUGAUGACGUCAUCAGAUCCGCCACCUUCCCUGCUGCCCAUGCUCCCUCUCCGGAUGACAGCUCACGGAGUGAGGGCAACCGUUGGCCCUGCUCUCUCGCUGUAUUAGGUACAAUUCAGUCUGGUUUGGGAAAGCUCAUCCUGAAGGAGGAGAUGGAGAAGGAGCAUAUCAGGGAGCGUCACACACGUAGCCUCUCUGCCCAGCGAUACGACCCAAAGCAGACCAAUUGUGACGCAGAUCCGAUUUCUCCGACCAAGACUAACUCUCUGCCUGGCUACGGGAGAAAUGGGCUGCAUCGGCCCCAGUCAACAGACUUCACCCAGUAUAACAGCUAUGGCGACAUGUGUGGAGGAGGCAGAGAGUUUCAGCACUUAAAGGAUGGCCGUGCAGCACUUGCAAGGAUGGACAGGGGAGUAUCUAUGCCUAAUAUGUUGGAACCAAAAGUGUAUCCCUAUGAAAUGCUCAUGAUAACCAAUAGAGGGAGAGCUAAACUGCCCAGGGAUGUGGACAGAACCAGACUGGAGCGCCACUUAGCACCUGAAAUGUUCUUUGACAUCUUUGGAAUGGAGAUCCAGGAGUUUGACAGGCUUCCCCUGUGGAAACGCAACAACAUGAAAAAGAAGGCCAAGCUUUUCUAGCAAUCAGAGCAGCAUGCACAUACUGUACAUAGAUAGCACACACUGUAAUCUAGAUGUAGGUUUUUUGCGUUAUUUGUUUUUGUCCUGUUAAAAAAAAAAAUAUCCUGGCAUAAUCACAGGAGCUAUGAGAAUGGACUAUUUUUUGUGGGCUCUAAUGCUUCCUGAGACUGUCAGCUGAAUGAUUUGUCCAGAAAGACUUGCACAGAAAACAAGGAAUGGGCAUCUCUUCCAUGUUAAAAAAUGACAAAGAAUGAGAAUGAAUGAUAAAUAGGGUCUUAUUUCUUUUGACGGAGCUUGUUUUACUUCUUGCUUUGCUUUGAGGGGAACUGCUUUCCUUUCUUUCUUGCUUGUUUGUUCCUACUAUUUGUUGCUGUUGAUUCCAGUGGAACUUUGUAAGUACAGUAGAACCUCAUGGCGCCAUUACGAAAUGUCCAUACUCGUAGCUUGAACAUGUUUCGGCUUUCUUUCGCUUGGGCUGAAAUGGUUUUAGUCCAAAGUUUGCAAGAAUCGGCUCAGUGAGUCUUUCAAUCAUUUUUUUCCUUAUUUUUUUAAGCUGCAGCAGACUCACUAACUGUUUAACUGGAUUUACAUUGAAACGAAUAAUCCGAGCACCUACACAUCGCCAGUCUCCUUCCCUUGGCUACUGUACACGCUAAACAUUCAUCUGACCCUCACAAAAAGAAAAUGUCUCUCUUCUCAGGCUCUCAUAAACAUGGCCAGACACUUUCCCUUUACAUGUAUUGGAAGUACAAAUAUAUUUUAAUGCUGUAUCCAACAUACAUAAGCCAACAAACAGAUAAAACACCUAAUGUAAGAAGCAACUGUAUUUGAAAGUACUGUUUUAUAAAUGAAAACCCACACUGCCAUUUGUUGUAUUGAAAUCUAAGCCAAUAAAGCUUUAAAUAUC